AUGACAACGACAACAACAAGAACAACAACAAUAACAACCACAACCACAACAACAACAAUGACAACGACAACAACAAUGACAACGACAACAACAACAAUAACGACCACAAGAACAACAACCACAACGACAACGACAACAACAAGAACAACAACAAUAACGACCACAACAACAACGACGACAGUGGCGACAACAACACCAACGUGCAGCACUUUUCCUGGCAAUCCACCAGGACAGAUUAAUUCUUUCGCUAAAAAUGGUGCAAAUUUUCCGCUCAUGACGUAUACAAAAUACACGUCUAAUUUCACGGCAAAUAGUACCUUAGCAACUCUUUCAUUUAUUAUAACGGGUGAGGACGGAACAGGUGCCAAUCACUACUGGUUAUUAGACGAAGUGUCUGUGAACCAUACCAAUGCAAACGCAGAUGUUCUAAUUAAUGGUGGAUUUGAAACAGGAAAUUUAACUGGCUGGACACAGUCAUGUAACACGGCUGCCAAUUGUGUUGCUGGUUAUUAUUCGCAUACGGUAACAAGCCCGUGCUUUACAGGAUCAUACUGUGUUUUCGAUUCAUGUAAAAAUACUGAUUAUCUGCAACAAUCGUUUUCUACUGUACCUGGGGAUUACUAUAUAAUAUCAUAUUAUCUGAGAAAUGGUAAUACUGAUGCAGGACCUAUAGCAAUGUAUGUUACGUUAACUUAA